AUGCGGAUACGGAUACCAAGAUCUGUAUCCGUGACCAGCUCUGGUUUUUUUCUAACUUCAACGAUCAAAUAUAAAUUAAAUAAAAAUUUUCUUUUAGGCGAAGAUUAUUUAAAGUAUAGUCCUCAGUUUCCAAAGGUCCUAAAAGUUAUCUCGGUUGUCCGCCAUGGAGAAAGACUUGACAAUGAUAAGGAAGAAAAAAAGAAAGCUCUCGAAAGAGAAGAACAAUGCUACUAUAAUGAAGAUUGUAGCAGAAAAUUCGGACUAGACAACUCUCCUUUGAAUGAAACGGGAAUAAAGAGAGCUACAAUAUUGAGAAAAGUGUAA